UCUCCCAGCAACGGACGUGCAUUGGCGCGUGUUGGCCCAAUGUUGUUAAUUCACACUAGCUAUGGAAGUAUUCGAUGUAUAAUGAGACUGAAGAUCAAGUGUACAUAUUCAUUAAUAAUAUAGAGACAGUCUGUUUACUGCCGGGAACAGCCACGUAAAGUGAACUUCCGUGGAAACUUCUAUACCCGUGGUGUAGUAUUAAUGUGAUGAAGACAUCAUAACUGCAGCACGAAGUAAUCGUUGGAUAUUGCAACUGUCGCACUAUUCCUGAUAUUUAUGUCCACAUGAAUUUCGCCCAUUAUACUGAAUGGUCCUGACGGCGGUAUGUGUACGACUAAACAGUAAAAUUUGUUGCGGUGGACAUAGUGGAAGACAUUCAGCAAUGUAGACGUUGUAUUUGUACAAGAUUCUUGGAAAAGUGUCUAUGCGUGACGUCAAAGUAGAGAGUACGGUGACGAUACAUGGACACUCCAAAUAAUACUAACACGCCUAGCCUCCGUGGCUACAUCGAUCCUGUUCCAUGUCUAUUAAGUGUGUGCUUACCACGACUGGGGACGUGGUGAUGUACUGUGGUAGCAUUUUAUGCUAGUUCUAUAACUGUUUAAAAUAAUGAUUAUUUAUUUGGAGUUUGGGAUUUUUUCUGCACCUAAGGUUGUACUCAUUACUAUUUGCUAAUUAUAUAACUGUUUAAGUCGUUUGUCAGUGUAUUGUGUAUCACCAUUGACAACAAUAAUCCUGUCCUUCAGUAAGGGUCAAACUUUAAUUUUGGUUGAUUUCCUAAAAGUACUGUUAACAACCCAAUAUGACAACCAUGACGGAAUCCUUAGUUUCGAGUACCGUGGAGAUGACCACUGUGUUUGACAAUACCAGUGUGACUUACUACAACCUACUGAAGCAGCCCCUUCACAUGAUCGUGAUCUACUCCUGUGUGUACUCGGCUGUGUUCCUGUUCGCCCUAUGUGGCAACCUUAUGGUCAUCACGGUGGUGGUGAGGAAUCGGUCAAUGCACAACGCCACCAAUUACUUCAUCGUUAAUCUAGCCAUCGCCGACGUCCUAGUGUCCAUCUUCUGUGUACCAAUAACUCUCCUCAGCAACCUCUACACAGGCUGGCAGUUUGGAGAAUUCACCUGUCGUGUGACGCCCUACCUCCAGGGAGUAUCGGUUAGCGCCUCCGUCAACACACUGGUGGCCAUAGCGGUGGAUAGGUACCUUGCGAUAUGCAGAACACUGGAAUUUAAACUAGAGUCUAAAACCUGCAAGUCCAUCAUCGUGUGUAUCUGGGUAGUAUCGCUAGCCAUUAUGGUACCCUGGGCCGUGUUUUACGACAUAGCCGAGUUCAAAACCUCUCUACAGGUGGUGCCUAUUUGUAUUCAAAGAUGGCCAAGUCCAGUGGCAAAGAAGGCCUAUGUGAUAGGCGCGCUGUUUUUGUGUUGUUACGCCAUCCCUCUCGUCCUUAUAUGCGUCUUCUAUUUGUUGAUAGCACUACGGGUAUGGAACAGAGAACCUCCAGGCGCAAAGAAUUCUAGUUCCUACAUCAUCCACCGGUCUAGAGUAAAAGUCGUCAAAAUGAUAGCCGUUGUUGUCAUUAUGUUCGCCGUAUCCUGGCUCCCACUUUACGCUGUUAAUCUCAAACUAAUUCUGUAUGGAGUAGAAGAUCAUGAAACACAGAUUAUGAGCGAGAUUGUGAUUCCUUUCGCUCAGUGGCUUGGGUCGUCUAACAGUGUGAUGAAUCCAAUAGUAUACUGCUUCUUUAGCCGUAAGUUUAGAGAUGGAUUUAAGGAUGUGAUCACGUGCUUCCGAUUUCGGUCGAGGUCUUCAUCUCACUACGUGAGACCAAGUAUAAACAUGAAGUACCAUAACCACAAACAAAGUCCAUCGCACCGCACUCACUCGUCACUGUGUCCCAGUCCCGAUAGGAGUUACACUAACUCCGACACUUUCGUCUGACUACAACUCCUUGGAAUUUCCCGUCUCUGUGUCCCUCCCAGUCACGGAAGGAGUUACACAAACUCUGACACUUUCAUCUAACUACAUCUCCCUGGGCUUCCACGUUCCUGUGUCCCAGUCCCGAAAGGAGUUAUACAGUUGUACUCCGACACAUUCGUCUGACUACAUCUUUAUUUUAAUCAUACGUCCUAAGGAGUUACAAUGUGUGAAAAUCUGACUGCACCAGCUUUAACCCGAGACUAGACUAAAGCUACAGCGCCAAUGAUAAGUGUGUGACCGACUUUAUAACAUCUCUACUGUCACAAUUCUAGAGUAGGACACAACCCAACAUGUACUAGAUCAGCAGAAAAGGACUAAAUGUAAAAAGACAAUCGACGCCCGUAGGAUUUCCAUCGCUGUAGUCAACACCUCAGAGGUCUUCAAACAACCCAUACUAGUCAAGUAGACCAGCCACUGUUCUAACGCAUGGCUGGACGAAUGAACAUGCUUUUAACGAACAACUGUGUUAAAUAUUAUUUGCAUAAAUGAUGUAACUUAUAUACCCAGACACUAUACAUGUAUAUCAGUAUAUCAGUAUAUUAUAUGCAUGUAACUUUCUUUGUAGUUUAUUUCACGAAGAAUAAUUGAACAGAAUAUCAUAUAUGUUAUAAAAUAAUUGUCCAAGAUAUAAGUUAUAAGAUAAAUUCAAUAAGUUUCUGUAUAAGAUAUAUAUUCAUUUAAGAUACAUGUACGCAUCUCAUUAAGAAAAUUAUAUAAGAUAUCUUAAAAAAUAAUCAAGAUACACUACAUUGUAUUUGAUAUAAUAAGAUGUAUUAACUGCUAUUUAAGAUAGUUUCUACUAGUCUCACUGUAGGUGUCUACAUUCCACAUACUAUAUAUAAACUAUAGUCAUUUUUAUAAUCACCAAUCUUUCAUCGUAACUCGCUUAGAGAAAUAUGUAUGAAUAUUAAACUCGGUAUUAUCUGAAUGCUAUGUCUUUAAAGUUGGUAGCUGGUAGCUGGUUUUGUAAGAACAUCUUUUGUGAGCUGGGUUCAUGAAAUAAAUGGAGUAAGACAAGUAAAUAGCCUAUUCUCAGAAUAGUCUAUAUUAUAAACAGCAGACUAGGAUCGGUCAAUCAAGGGUAACUUUGUACCGUAUACGAACACCUCUCCUUGACCUCUGUACAUUGUUAUCAAAGACUGUCUUAAAACAGUAUAAGCAACCUUUUCAAAAACAGAUGAGUGACUUUUGACGGGCUGACUUGCGGUGAUUGAGGCGAUUGGCAUUGUAAACGGAACAUGCUAUUACAACCCUUUUGCAUUCCAAUUCUGUUGUUUGUAUCGAUUUUUGGUUUUAAAAUUGGGUUGUGAUCGAUGUCUGUCAGAGCUUACAAAAUGCAUUUAACAAUCAAUUGCAGAGUUGUUACAACGCUUAUUGUGCGAUAUAUAUCAAACUUGGAUACUUCCGAUGACUUGGCAACGUUUCGUUGAAGUUUAGGAACAUAAAUGGCGGUAAAAGUUAAUAUCGUUAACUGUAUAUAUAUGACUGAUGUUUGCCGUUUGGAUGAAGUGUAAGGAGACAGCUGUGAGAGGUUAACAUUCAAUAGAUAGGACUUCAUGCUAACUUUCACACACUUUUCACAUUUGAACAUACAUCUAAUUUCUGCUAAUACGUACAUCUCCAAUGGAAGCGCUUCGGUUGCUAUUGUAUGUUUCAAAUACAAAAUUUGACGUAGGCAAUUUAAAUGUUUACCUAGGCGCUACCCCGACAUGAACAUGAACAUAUUGAUGAUG